CCGACGGAUCAAACAGCACACCAUGAACCUCAACGAAGAGAAGAACGUAGAAGCAUUCGCCUUGGACAGUGAAGAUAACAAGGAUGGCAAGGACUUUGACAAAUCGAUCGUGCACCUGGAGAAUGCCGGUGCAGCCAACAGUCAACAGUGGGAUCAGCUUCGACUCGAUGCGAUGGCUGCCGAGGAGCUCGAACACUCCAUGGGUUUAAAGCAGGCCUUGCGUGUUUAUCCCAAGGCAGCUUUCUGGUCUUUCUCUAUCUCACUCUGCAUCGUCAUGGAGGGGUAUGACAUCGGCUUGCUUGGUAGCAUCAUCGGACUGCCCACCUAUCGUGAAAAGUAUGGACACUAUUCCGAAAGUGCCGGCAGCUACCAGUUAUCUCCCUCUUGGCAGACUGCCGUUGGUCAAGCCUCAACUAUCGGCUGCUUCAUUGGUAUUUUUGCAUGCUCCUGGGCCCAAGACAGAUGGGGAUAUCGCCGAACAAUCCAGGCGGCACUCAUCGCCCUUACUGGCUUCAUUUUUAUCGUCUUCUUUGCGCCUAAUAUCGAAGUUCUCUUUGUCGGACAAAUGCUCUGCGGUCUACCCUGGGGAGCUUUUGCUAGUUCUGCGGUAUCUUACGCAAGUGACGUGACGCCAGUCCCAUUACGUGGCUACCUCACAACCUAUGUCAAUUUGUGCUGGGUCAUUGGACAAUUCAUCGCUGCUGGGGUAUUGCAAAGCACUUCGACCCGGACUGAUCAAUGGGGAUACAGAAUCCCGUUUGCGAUUCAGUGGCUCUGGCCUCUUCCCCUCUUCAUCCUCGUAACGUUGGCGCCAGAGAGUCCAUGGUACCUGGUCCGUAAAGGAAAACUGGAAGAGGCGAAACAGGCUGUGGCGAGACUUUCCAGGAGAGGCGAUGUCACCGAUCCCGCCCAGACGGUAGCCAUGAUGAUCCGUACCAACCAAAUCGAGCUCGCGAAUCAAACUGGCUCCAGCUAUUUCGAUUGUUUCAAAGGCAGCGAUCUUCGCCGUACGGAAAUUGCGUGUCUGGGAUGGGCUGCCCAGAUCCUUGCCGGUAGUACUUUUGCGAAUACACCUACUUACUUUUUCCAGCAAGCUGGACUCAGUACCGCAAAUUCUUUCAAGCUGGGCCUUGGGACUACAGCACUAGCCUUUGUUGGUACUUGCGGUUCUUGGAUCACUCUUACGUACUUUGGGCGGCGAACUAUUUACUUGUCCGGUCUGGUGGUCCUCACUGUUCUGCUUUUCGUCGUGGGUGGGGUCUCCUUCCCAGCAGAGACCAACAGCAACGCUGCCUGGGGUCAAGCCGCAGCAAUUUUAAUCUGGGUUCUUGUAUAUGACUUCACUGUCGGCCCGCUAGCCUAUUGUAUCGUAGGCGAAGUAUCGUCAACCCGUCUGAGGUCAAAGACAGUUGGUCUAUCUAGGAACCUCUACAACAUUCUCAGUGUCGUCUCUGGAAUCCUCAACACCUACCAGAUAAACCCGGACGCGUGGAACUGGAAAGGAAAAGCUGGUUUCUUCUGGGGAGCAUCCGCCGGGCUCAUCGCCACUUGGGCGUACUUCCGAUUGCCCGAAUGCAAGGGUAGAACGUAUCGAGAGCUCGACAUCAUGUUUGAGCGUGGCAUUCCCGCUAGACGAUUCAAGGACACGGUCGUCGACAAAGAGGCUGAGGAGUAAUGAGAGAAGGGGGGGAAGGGGUCAAAGGACCUAUCCGGUGGCGAGAGGUGUUGGUAAGGUUAGCAAAGACCGAGGGAGGCAUAGCUGCAAAUAUGUGGUAAUUAGUGCCGUUUCAGAUAUAUGAAGGAUUAUGAUAGUGAUUCAAACGCCUAGAAGCAAUAUAGCUUGAAUGCGUUCUUCAUGCUAUUA